UCCACCGUGGAUUAGUUAUGCUAAAACGAAGAAGAGCGAAGUUCCUUGCUUCCUCGCUAGAUGUCAUAACCGGUUCACUAUUGUGAAAGGUGAAGCUGAGAAGUAAACAUAACAGUCAUGGUGUUGGAAAGUACUAUUAUAUGUGUUGACAAUAGUGAGUAUAUGAGAAAUGGAGAUUAUGUACCCACUAGACUUCAAGCUCAGCAAGAUGCUGUCAACACUAUAUGCAGGGUAAAACUACGCUCAAAUCCUGAGAAUAAUGUUGGUCUCCUUACGUUGGCCAAUACGGAGGUCCUUGCAACCCUAACAACUGAUGUGGGAAAGAUAUUAACGUCUCUUCACAAAGUGAUGCCAAAUGGGACUAUCAAUCUUUUAACAGGAAUUCGUAUAGCUCAUCUAGCACUGAAACAUCGUCAGAGUAAGAAUCAUAAGAUGCGUAUUGUAGCAUUUGUUGGAAGCCCAGUUGAGGCAGAAGAGAAGGAUAUUGUUAAGGUAGCUAAACGUCUGAAGAAAGAGAAAGUGAAUAUUGAUAUUGUAAAUUUUGGUGAAACGGAUUGCAAUCAACCAUUACUAGAAGCAAUGGUUAGCACUAUAAAUGGCAGAGAAGGCUCUGGGUCUCAUUUAGUGACUGUCCCACCUUCACCUCAUUUAGCGGAUGCUUUAUUAUCAUCUCCAAUUGUACAGGGAGAGGAUGGAGGACCAGCAGCCAGUUUUGCAACAGGUGGAGGAUUUGACUUUGGUGUUGAUCCAAAUGAGGACCCAGAACUUGCUCUUGCUCUGCGAGUGUCAAUGGAAGAGCAGCGUCAGCGCCAACAAGAGGAAGAACGGCGUGUAGCUCAGGAGUCAACAGCUGCAGGUGGGGGCACUACUGAAGCAGCUCCCCAGCCACCUGCUUCUACACCUACACCACAGCCAGCUCCUCCAGCCUCAGGUGGUGGCCAGUCUGAAGAUGAGAUGUUACAGCAAGCCCUUGCCAUGUCUUUGGAAACUGGAUCUGGAGGCCAGCCUAGCAGUGCCACAACUGUGAGUGCUGGCUCUGGAGCUACAACCACAAGUUCAGGAUUCCCUGCUGCCUCCAUUCCAGAUUUUUCAACCAUGACUGAAGAGGAGCAGAUUGCUUAUGCUAUGCAGAUUUCUAUGCAGGAUUGCAAACCUAAGGAUGAACCCAUGGAUGUUGAUAAACCCACUGAUGAAGGUGCUAAGGGGACUACUUCAAAAUCAGAGGAGAAGCCCAAGGUGAAAAAGGAAGAGGAAGAACAAGACUUUUCUCAGGUGAUGGCUGAUCCGGCAUUUCUGGAGAGUGUAUUACAAAACUUACCUGGUGUAGAUCCUCAGAGUCAAGUAGUAAAAGAAGCUGUUGGGUCUCUUACUCAGCAAGACAAAGAUAAGAAAGAUAAAGAUAAAAAGGAAGAUAAGGAUAAAAAAUAAUUUCAGUGCAUUGAAUAGGAAUAUUUUAAGAAUCUUUUUAUACAGUAAGGGCUUUCUUUUGGGAA